UGGAUUGCCGCCUUUUCUCUAUACAGAGCAUUAGAAAAUGAAAGUCAACAAUUCAGGCAAAAGACAAAGGUCUAGCAGAAAGCUAAAAUGAAGUACAGAAUCUAAAGAAUAUAUCUUGGAGUUCUACUUUUCAGAACUGCACCUGAUCUCUUGUCCUUCUUCCCCCAGCUCCAUGUGCUCCUUCUUUUCUGCUGUUUGCAUCUUGGUACUUCUGCAGAUCUCACAUACAGCAGGUAAAUAUUCAGUCAGACCACCAAAUAAUCCUGUGAUUGGAUACCUUGAAAAAGAAGUAAUCCUGCCAUGUCUGGUAGACACUCUGCAGCCACUUGCAAAGGCUAACAUCAAAAUUCAAUGGAUCUUGGAAAAAUCAGAAAAAAUUGAAGUGAAAAACUAUAACAGAAACUAUGGAGAAACACAAGAUAGAAGAUAUGAAGGUCGAACAGAGCUCUUUCCUUCUCAGAUUAAUGAAGGCAACAUGUCCCUGCUCCUGAGGAAUAUAAGUCUCUUUGACCAGGGACUAUACACCUGUAAGAUCUACCUUGAUAACUGGUAUGAUAAGGUGGUAGUUCAGCUAGUUUUAGCAGCAAAUGGAGGUGACCCCACUAUUACCUUGGCAGCUUACAAAGGCCAAGGUAUUGGACUCACCUGCAGCUCUGAGGGGUGGUAUCCAAGACCUCAGGCUCUCUGGCUGGACAGCAGAGGGGAAAACCGGACAGAGAAGUCAGCCAUAGCAAACACCGAGACCAUAGCGGGAAUCUUUCGGGUUUUUGGUUCCAUUACACUAGAGCCAGGAGUGGAUAGCACAGUCUCCUGCAAAAUCAUCAACAACCUGGUAAAGAGUGAGAGAGAAUCCCGAAUCCUCAUUUCUGAUGUUUUUUAUCCAACUACUUCCCUUUGGACUGGACCCUUCAUAACCAUUUUGGUACUUUUCAGUUGUGUCACUGCUUUUGUGACAUAUAAAUGGAUACAGAGCUUCCGGGAAGUAUCUAAGUUUGAAAAAGAAGCAAAGGAAAUGAAAAGUGAACGAGAUCGUGAAAAAAAUGCCAUUGAAAUUGAGAGGAUGACAGAUAAAGGAGAACUUUCUGAAAUCCGGAAGAGUUCAGAACGAUGCUCAGGUGAACUGGCGCUUAGAAGAGCUCAAAGUCAUGCAGUUGCAGUUUAUUUGGAUUCAGACUGCAAGCAUCCAGACAUCACCAUCACCAAAGAUGGGAGAGCAGCCACCCUUAAUGCAAAAUCUGCUGUCGGUUCUCUAGUGGUUGUGGGGAAAGAGGGUUAUGUUGCUGGGAAGCAUUACUGGGAGGUAAAGGUGGGGGACUGGCUGGACUGGGAGCUGGGGGUGCUGACUCAGGGUGAAAGGGAUAGAACCAGAAAAGAGAUGUUUUCUGUCCCCCUUGGAGAAGAACGCUGGGCACUGAAAAGUGUCAGAGGACAUUUGUUUUCUAAUCAAAAUGAGGAAAAGAUUGAAAAAAAGCAAGAUAACCCUUAUUCGUAUAUUGGCUUGUUUCUGGAUCAAGAAUCAGGAACAAUAUACUUCUAUAGGGCCUGUACGUGUGCACCACUCCUUAUAACCACAAUUACCAUUCAGUCAACUGAGAAAUUGUACCCAUUUUUAAGUUUUGGUGAGUGUGACCUAGGUUGUGUUCAAGAUGCAUUAGAAGUUAUCCAUAUGAAAAUCCCACUUCCCUUUCAAAAGUUUUUUAAAAAGUGAGAAGAGCUUCAUUAGAUUUCUCUAAGAUGUACUGUACGUUAGCAUACAGUACCAGAAAUAAAGUAUAAUAAUUAGUACAGCAUCAAAAACUCCAGAAAGAUUCAUCCGAGUGGAUCUUUUGCUUUGGUUUAUAAUGAAAAAUUAUGUGUUCACAUGUUCUGUCAUAACCUGAGCCCUUUCAGGAUAGCUAGAGCUCUUUCUUAGAUCUUCCAACCCUCAGAGAGACAAGCCAGCUUGGAAUCUUAUUACUCAUACACAGAUCAGCCCCAGGAAGAAAAGGAAUAGUUUAUGUCUUCAUUAUGUAUUUUUGUGUAACUUUCCAUUGCAUGGCUCAAUAAAAUUCAUAUGUUUAUACUGUGUAACACAUAAUAUAAAAACAAUAAAGACAUAUUAUUGCUAA